AUGGCGGCGGCGUCCUGGGACGAGGAAUGGUACCCGGAAUGGAACCAGGAAUGCGAAUAUGGGAACAGGACAGGGAACGUGGAAGCACUGGCCAAGGGCAGCAGCAGGGCUCAAGGCUUCGUGUGGCACAGGCAGCCCCAGCUGGGGAGCCCUCAGGCCCCCGUGGCACAGGCGGCCUCAGCAGCGGCACCGGCAAUGGCAGCGCCUGUGGGGAUUGGGGAUGGCUUUACAGCUUCAGAGAGCACAGCAGCUGCUGCUGCUGGAUCCCCAAACUCUCACUUUCACCCCCCUUCCAGCCCCCAAAUCUCUGUGUCCCCCCCAGUUCUCCACUCCCUGCAGUACCUGGAAGUGGCACUGUCAGAGCCCAGCCCGGGGGCGCAGUCCUUGAUUAUGGGGGACGUGGACGGGACCCCCUGCGAGCGCUGGGACAGCGAGCGGGGCCGGAUGGAGCCUCAGGCACCAGGGAUGGCGGCGGGAGCUGAGCCCAGUUCCCUGGAACCCCUGCUGCAGGAGGUUUCUGGCUGUCACCUCCUGUCUGACGGGAGCGUCCGCGGAUCCCAUCGGCUCGGCAAGGACGGCCGGGAAUUCCUCUCCUUCCAGCUGAGAUCCGGGACAGUCGUGGUGGCCGACGGCACUGCCCAGGUCACCGAGAGGUGCUGGGAAACUGAGGAGAUGGAGGCUGAGGAAUUCAGAAAUUCCCUGGGGCACACGUGCCAGGAAUGUCUCUGGAAAUAUGUCAGGGAUGAAACCAGAAAGGGAAGAAAACCAUGGAAGUUCCCUCCUGGAGUGCUCUGCCUGCGGUGUUCUGUGCAGUGUGGCAGACAGUGAGAAACACUCCUAGGCUGUCACUCAUCACAAUUCUCAGGGUUUUGGGUGAGAUGCUUGCAGCAGAUCCAGCGCUGAGGGGAGUUCAGGGGGGUCCCUUAGCAUUUGGGGUACCCUGGGAUUUGUGGAGAACCCCCCGGCCCCCCCAGGAUCUCCCUGAACUCGCUGGCGCUGCCCCUGCACAGUGAGAAGGUUCAUACCCGGCACGGGGUCCCCAGCUCUGUACCCAGGUACCCCCGAAAUCUCUCGGGAUCCCCCACACCCCCGGGACACCAAAACCUCUACCGGGUUCCCAAAAAUAUUCUCGGGACCCUCCACAACAUCUCCAAGACCACAAAACGCCCAAACCCUCUCAGGACAUUAAAAUUGCCACAGGACCUCCCAACACUCCCCCAGAAUCACCUUGAGAAGAUUUAUACCUGGCACGGGAUCCCCAUCUACAUUACCAGCAGGUACCCCAAAACAGCCUUGGGACACCCAAUUCCACCCCAGGGAUUGGCCAAAUGCCUCCACUGGGACCCAUGACAAUCAUCCUGGGGAACCCCCCAAAAAAUCACCAUGUCGCUAAACACCCCCUGGACCCACAAACUCCCUGGGAAUCCCUCACAAAGGUUUAUACCCAGCACAGGGUCCCCAUCGCCAUCAUCGGCAUCACCCAGGUACCCCCAAACCCGCCCGGGACCCCCAAACCCUCCCAGGACCCCCAACCCCCCCAGGGCCCCGCUGCAGGGAUCAACGGGAGUGGUGUUGCCCUUUGAAGGGCAGUUCUAGUGGGGCCUGACUAUAGCCGGCUCUUAAAGCAGAGAUGAUAGAGAGAACCCCAAAAAUCCACCCCGAGGGGCAAAACAUCCCCUAAGGGGGCUUGUAGUGGGGGCCCCCCUACAAAUGUCACUUUAAACCAUCAUGAUCCCCCCUUAAAAGGCCUUUGGGGCUGCUGACCCCACAAACACCAAAAAUGAGGAGGAAAAAGAGCCCUUGUAGUGGUGGGAUCCUCCCCAGAAAGACCCUAAAAAGACAAAACCUCCUCUUCAGAGGGGCCUGCAGAGCCUUAAACGCCCUCAGAGAGGGACAGGAUCCCCUCCUCUGCUGGGGCCUCUCCCAGCCGGGAACUCUCCCGUUUGCUGCACUCGGGGAGCCCCGAACGACGACGGCUCCUGGGCUGAGCCCCCCACUCAGCCGGGGGUGCAGAGGGAACUGGGGGGGCUGGGACGGGCUUGGGGGUCCUGGGGUUAACUGGGGGACCCCCAGUGGGUCCCACUUCUCCCUGUCCUCCCUCUCCCACCCCUUUCCCAUUGUUCCCCCCAAAGCUCCGCUCCCCCCAGCUCGGUUUGGGGGUGACCCAGCCCUUUCCCUUCGUGUCCCAGCCCGGCCCCGCGGCCGGAGGGUCGGAGAAGGGGAGGAGGAGGAAGAGGAGGGAUAAGGAGGAGGAGGAAGAGGAGCGAGAGGAGGCACCAUGUGCGUUCCCCACUCUCUGUAUCCGCAGCUCCUUCACCCCCAGACCAUCGCCCCCGCUCAGGGAGGGGGAACUCGCCCCAAAUAUCCUGGGUGGUUUUUUGAAGGUGGGAGGGGUAUUUGGAGUUCACAUGAAAUAUAUUCGGGACUCCCUGUUUCAUUCUUUCUGUCGGGG